ACACCAGUAGCGCUAGUAGAUGUGUGAAUGUGAGAGUUAUGGUUGUAAGCAAAAUUUCGUGUGUUAUGAAUCGUAAUCUGCGUUUGUUCGUUCGUGCAUAACAUUUUAAAUAUUACCUAAUUCUAAUAUAAUUGUCACCAGAAACGGAUCGAUUGUGUAAUAUGAGAAUGAAAUCUCGAUCUGUUGUACUCUUCAGUGUAAAGGAAUUGCAGCGAUUGGUGACUGUGUCUGCAUCUUGUGUCCAUGUUGAGAGGAGAAUCCGUCACAUUGCAAUGCUUCCAAAUUGUCUUCGAGAUUUAAAGUCUGCUGUUAAUGGGAUAUUUAACUCGUAUCAAAACAAGUUUGAUGUCGACUUCAAUGGAUUUAUCUUGGGUUACAAAAAUGUGAAAAUAAUCACAGACAGAGCAACAAUAAUAAAUGAUGAUUGUUACAUGCAUCUUGAUAUUGAAGCUGAGUUUUAUAUUUUUACACCAGAAAUAGGGUGUACAUUAUUUGGUAUUGUAAACAAGAAAAGUGUGGACCACAUCGGUUGCUUGGUACACAAGUGCUUUCAUGUGUCUAUUCCACAAUCCACUGAGGAGACAGAUGAGUGGCUUGGUACUUCAGUGAGAAUUGGAGACCAGGUGACUUUCAGAGUGGAGAUGUGUGAUUUCACAGGAAGCCUUCCAUACAUUCGAGGGAAAUUAAUAGAUUCAAGGCCUGCAAAUGUAACAUCACUGGAGGAAGAUGAGGUGGACAGAAUAUCCGAACCAAAAAGGAAGAAGAAGAAAAAUAAAAAGAAUAAGCACAAGGAGAGUGACUUAUCAGAACAUGAUGAAUGUGAACUGAUGGCUGAAAAUUUGGAACAGGGGAAGAUAGAGCCAGUAGUGGAAACACAGCAAAAGAAAAGGAAAAGGCACUUGGAGGAUGAAGGAGAAGCAGCUACAGAAAAAAAGAAGAAAAAGAAACUUGAAGGUUAUAAAUCAGUUUAUCAUGAGACUCCAGAAAGUGAGGAAUUGCACUUCACUCAUUUGUCUUCUGAAGAUGUUGAGUAUGGCACUAUUCUGGAAGAUCUGAAAGAGACUUACCUGAAAGAACCAGAGGGAGAUAUUGACUCAGAGGCAUACAAGAAGAAAAAGAAGAAAAAACAUAAGUUACAUUCAGUUACAAGUGAUGGCAAGGAAACUGCAACUGAACUGACUGAAGUUCUUGAACAUGCAUAUGAAGGUAAUGGAGAUGAAGUGGUGCAUUUUCCUGAUCAUGCAAAGAAGAAAAAGAAAAAGAAACAGGAAGAAAAUAUUGUUGGAGAGAUUCCAGGCCUAAUGACAGAUGUAGCGUAUGAGGCUGUUGCCAAACAACUGGAAGAGAGUUUUACUUUGCCAUCAUUUUCAACACAGGAUAAUUUGCAUACUUCCAGCAGUGGUUCUGUUUGUACAUCAGGCAUUGAUGCAUUUCCUGGAACUAAUCGUCAGAAAACCAACUUUAAUGUUAAUGACUUUCACCCAAAAGCAAAGAAGAAAAAAGUGAAGAAACAUGAUUCAUGUACUAGUGAAUCACUUGAUCAAAAUAAGGCUAAGGAAUCUGAUGCAUCACAGAAAUAUUUGUUAGGAAAUGAUCUGGAAAGUAGCUCUGAUAACAGACAUCAAAAUGAUAAGGAAAAAAAGAAACAAAGGAAGGCUUGUGAUUCACACAAUAAGGAAUUACUGGAUGACCAAACCAAAAGGCUGAAGUCUGUUUCCAAAGAAGAAUCAUUAGUAGGCGUUGAGAAAUCUGUAGGAGAACAAAGUUUGGGCUCCCUUCCUGGAAAUGGAGAUGAAAAACAGGAUAUGUCAGUUCCAAGUGUUGUGGACUUGUUAAACAGGGUAAAGAGUAUGUUAAACGUCAAGUCAUCCAAGAAACAUAAGAAGGAAAAAGGAAAUAAAAAACAUUCAGGAAUCUCAGAUGAACCCAAAACUUUCAGUAAACCUCCUUGUGGUGUUGAUUACAGUAACGGUACGAAACAGGAUCAUUUAAAAUUGGAUAAGAAUGCCAAUAAUGAAAAAUCCACACUGAAGGACAGUUCUAAGACACAUUCUGGUGUAACAGAUGGACUGGAUAGUAAUGAAAUACAAAAUAAAAUUAAAGUAUCUGAAAACAAAGGUGUGGAAUCUAUUAAUGCAACUACUCUUUUGAAAAAUGUAUUGGGUUACAGUAAUGGUCAUAGUGAUAGCCAUGAUGGGACUAAAAGUGAUGAACAUGGCAGUCAUGUUUCAGCAGUUUUGCAUGAGGUAGAAAAAGAACCUGAUAAUGUGAAUGUUAGCUCACACAGAAAUAAAAAAAAACAUAAAACAAAAAAAUGUAAGAACAAGGCUUCAGUCUCUUUUGAUCCAGCAGCUAUGUUAGCAGAGUACAUGUCUAAGUUUGAUCACAGUGAAGGGGUUGAAAGAGACAGUCAUUCAGAUGCAUGCCAGAGUUCCAUGGAGGAUGCUGUAGACACAGAAAACAAAAAAUCUAUAGGUAAUACCACUUCAAAUACAAGUUUCAGAAGUUCCUUCUCUAUCACAGGAGCAGGCAUGGCCAAUGCUCAAGAUCGAAAACGUAAGAAAAUGAACAGAGGUAAAGGUGAUGCCAUGCCUCUGCAGAGGUCUCUACCUGUACUGUCAUUAUCUCAUUCAUACCAAGAAGCUGACAGGUCUGUUGGGCAUGAAAUUGUGAGGAGCAGAAGUAUUGAGAGCUUGAAUGAGUUUCCUAAGUCAUCAUCGCCUGUUACUGCAUUGCCAAGAAAGUCUGAUUCUGGGAAAAAGGUAAGGAAGGCAGUAACGAUUUAUGAAAAUGGCGUAUUACUAACACCUGAGAAAGACCCUACUGAAAAUGAAGUUGCCACUUCUCUACAGAGUGGCAGUUCUAAUCCAGCAGAGAAUGUGGUUAACCCAGAAGAAAUAACUGGAUCUAACUUCAGUCUUUCAUUUCCAAAAGAAGUGGCCAGUCCAGGAAAAACACCAAGUAAGAGCAUGUCAAAAAGAAUAGCCAGUGAUGUCUCUCUUUAUACAUUAUCACCUUCUUCAAGCAAGGCAUCAGAAAGGAAAGAUUUAAAGCAACAGAGUGCAGUAAAUUCACCUGAAACAAAAAACAAGACUGUACAGGUUUUGAGUGGUGUUACACACAUCUUAAAAACACCAACAAGUGAUAAAGGUCAUGGCUCAGGCAGUGAAGGAGAACUCAUUAAUACCAGUGUGAUACUUCCAGAACAUAGUCGUGUGUUACAGAGUCUGAAGUCUCCCGCAGGAGAUUCAGAAAUACCAGCAUGGAUGCCAAAGGUAUCCCCUGUUAAAGCAAAAAUGGUGAAUGAAAAUUCCACAAAUUCUCUGCAGGAAGCAAUGAGUCCUGAAAUUAAGAGUAAACAUAAAACAAAGAAGAAACACAAGGAAAAGAAAAGUAAGAUAAAAAGCAAUGAAGGUAAAGAGCAGAAAGAGAAGAAUGUUAAAGAUUGCAAAGACGAUAGAGAAACUAGAAAUGAAAACAAUUUGGAAACUCAGAAAAAUGUGGCAGCCAUGAAAGAUAAACAUGAUGCAGAGAGGACCAAAAGGAAAGAUUUUGAAGGAAAGGCAGAGAAAAGUAAAGAAAAGGAUACUGAAGAUACUUUAGAGGACCUGAAAACCUUGGCAUCAAAACUGUUCAGUAGUUUCCUUCAACAAAGAAAGUGAUGUGUUUGUCUGUAUCUUACAGAAAGAAAAAGAACCAUACUGAACUAAAUUACAAGUCUGUAAUAUUUUAUUCAAGGAUAGUGAUAACAUUUAACUUUUUAAACUGAUUUGACUGAUCUUUUCAUGAAACCUGUUAUCUAAUAGAGAAGGCAUUUUCUCUUACCUGACAUUGUAUUUUCUUUGCUAUUAAUUGAAAUAUUUUCACUUUUACUGAUAUUACUGCUGUCUAGACUCACUAUCGUUGCAUUUGUGUUUUGCAGGAUGUGUUUUCUGUGUCAGGUAACGAUCUUUUUAUCAUGAAGGGUGACUCACAAUUACCAGAAUCACGGGCUGCACAAAACACACUGGUGUACUGAAGGAUGAGGACACCUGCUGCAUUAGUUAAUUUCAAAUUGCACCAAAUAUCCAUUCAUUUUUUAUAAUUUUUUAAAUGUUAUAGCAGUAUAUUAAGUGUCUGUUAUCAGACAUCAGGACUGACUGUUGGCAUGCCUGCUUCAUAUUCAGGAAGUUUCAGGUUCAAAUCUCAAUUCAGCAUAUCCAGUCCCCUUAGAAAAAUUUAGGAAUGUUGUGUUAAAUUAGGCCGUAGCCACUUUCUUUCAUAUCUUUUCUGAUUCAUUAUCAUCCUAUCAGUUAACCUCAAGCAAAUUAAUUACAUCUCCAUAUCUAGAACCUUUAGAUUGACUUAUGAGAUCCAUAUUGUUUUUACAUACUGUUUUUGACUAAAUCAAAUUUACCUUAUUUUGUUAGAAGUUUAAAACAGUGUGACUAAUUGUUUCUUUCAAUACAUAACAAACCACUGGGACAGAAAUUUCCCUCUGUUUUUGUCAUUUUCUCUUUCUGCUUCUUCCUUAUGUAUUAUAAUGUAAAAAGAUUGUUGGACUGAAUCUGACAUUGAGCUGUCCUGUAAUUUUCUUGACUGUCACACACUUCAACAGAGGACCUAAAAGAGUUAACACAUUAUUCAAGUUCUCUGGUUGCACUACUGGAAUCAAUAAUGUUAAAGAUGUUUUUAGUUGAUUGUGAUGUUAAUGUAUCAUAUUAACGUCAGUUUCUUGCAUAGAUGCACAAGGAGGACUUUAAUCAGGAAGUGGAUUUGUACGGGUAUGGACUUCAUGGAGUCCACUUAUGUAGGAACAGCUAUUACUAACCUGGUGAUAAGAUGGUGGCUGCUGGAAGGUCUUUGUAGUUCUAUGUGAACUCACAAACACAUUUGAACAGUAUUGUGUCCUAGCACAAGCUACUAUAAUUGUGAUGACAAAGUGAACAAGCAGGGUAGCUGAGCUGGCAAUUAAUAUUUUGUGAUUGACAUAUUCAAAAUUUAAUUAAAUUUAGUAUAAAAUGGCUUUGAAAUAUUAACUGUAAUUUUGUAUAUACCACAUCAGUGAAUGCAAUGAUUAAAAUUAGUUAAGUUCUUUCUGUUCUAGAGGUACUUGUACUCCUCAGGAUCUAAAUAACCAGCCAAAUUAUAGCUGAGAUGAUGUUUUCAAUUGCCAAGUUUUACAGAGCUACAUUUACCAAAUAUUUUGAUAUAUGGGAGGAUCAUGAUAUGGUGUCCCCUUUGUAUUUUACCGCAAAUAAAUAUUGCAGUACUAUUUGAAGAAAAUUGUAAAUUGAGGAAUGUGAUAUACAUAAGACACUUCUGACUGGAUUGAGUUUUGAUAGUUUAUUUCUGUUGAUUGUAGUCUGCUGGGUUGUGACACCAUGUAGUAUUUAAGGUGGUUGUACUUUCUGAAUUUCAUUUCUUGUUUGAGAGAGGAGCGUAAAAUUACAUUCAGGUUAAGUAGGAUAGCAACAGAAAUUGUUUAAAAUGAAUUAUGGCUUCAUAUUUGAUUAGUUGAAGUAUUUAAUUAUUGAAGGCUGCAAUUGUAGUGUUAAACACCAAGGAAAAUACAGGUGUUUCAUUUAAAGAGUGGCCAUACCUACUUCAUUUGUAUAUACACAGUAUAGUUUUUCUUUAUGCACUUUUGUUAUGACAGUCAAAUGAAACUUGUCAUAUCACCUGUGACUAGGCUUUAAUUUUUGAUAUUUGAAAUGUUUACUAGCAUUUCUACAACAUUAUGUAAUCACUGUGGUUGUACUGAUUUCAUAUGCUU